CCAUUACUGAGAGGAAUGCAGCAAUUGGGGAGGGUGUUGGCUAGUGGCCUAUGGGUGCGGCUCUCUCCUCUUAAAGUUUUUUUCUGUCCUCACUGCUCAGAGACAUCUCCUUCUCUCUCGCUUGUAGACAGCAGCCGGUGUGUCUCUGCAGAAUCUCUCACCAUGGCAAGUCUCAGGCAGUCUCCCCCAACAGAGAUGGAACGUUCCAUGGAGAAGAUUAUCACUGUAUUCCAGAGAUAUGCUGGCAAAGAAGGGAGCCAGGCCACCAUGAACUACAAAGAGUUUGAGAACUUCAUGAGGACGGAGCUUGGUUCCUUCACCAAUAACCAGAAGGACCCACACAUUCUGCAGAAGAUGAUGAACUCUGUGGAUGGGGCGAUUGAUGGGUGCAAAGACCAGCAGUUGGAUUUCCAGGAGUUCUUGAACCUCAUUGGUGGGAUGAUGGUUGCUUGUCAUGAUGCCUUGUCAAAGUGCCCACCAGGGAAAAAGAACCCGCCACCUGCUACUCCCCCUACAGAGAUGGAGACGGCCAUGGAAAGCAUCAUUCGCAUCUUCCAGCACUUUGCCGGGAAGAAAGGAGAAAAGAAUCAGAUGAACUACACCGAGUUUGAAGCUUUCAUGAACACAGAGCUGAAGUCUUUCACAGCUAAUCAGAAAGACAAGAACAUUGUGCGCAGGCUGAUGGAGUCGGUGGAUGGGGCAGUCGAUGGGACAUGUGACAAGCAGCUGAACUUCCAGGAGUUCAUGAACCUGAUUGGUGGGAUGAUGACGGCUUGUCACGAAGCUCUGAUGAGCCGCCGGAAGUAGGCCUGAGACACUAUACACCCGGCCUGGGCCUUGCAGACAUUCCUCAGAUUUCAGAUGUGAAUUGUGAACGUUCUUUGCUGUUAUUUUGUUGUAAUAAAAUAUAAAACACAAAA